GUAAUUAUGGUAAUUCUCUUUCAUGUCAGCAGAUCAGCUGGGGGAGUCUCAUCAGCUGAUGCUCCCUCUAAUCCUCUCGAUAAGCAGUGACCACUGCGUAGUGAUGCACAACGCCUUUCCAAUCAUCAACCACAUCACCUGAACACCAUUAGGCCGACUACCUCACAUCAGCGACCUGUUGAACAGAUCAUCAUGCAGAAUCACCAUGGGCCCCGCCUCUGCCUCCAUUUUUUUUUUUCUCCCCCCUCCCGUCUCCAUUCAUUCCGAGACCAUUAGCCUCCACCCGAACCGGAUCGGGGCUGAUCUAAGUACCGACCAAAAAAGUUAUCAAGCAGGCUAUCCACCGAACGGCGAAGCUAAGAGCCUUGGAAAGGGUUGGCACGGAGAUCCGGCAGGAAUAUUCACCAGCCUCUUUGCAAAGCCACGGGCACGUUUACCCAUGAUAACUGAUUGGUGCCUGUCUAAAUUCUAGAAGACACUGAUCGGUCCGGGCGAAAAAUCCUUUGCCGCAGCGAAGGAUUGUAGUCUACUGCGCUAGAUGAAUAGAGGCCGACCUUCUUUCUCUGUGCGUGGUAGGAUUUCAGACCACGUUCACCACGUUUGAUCGCCAGGAUCUGUGGCGUGGUGUUGGUCGGAUUGACAGCGCCACCGUCUAGAUGUCCAUACUCGACCGGUCAAGAGGAUCCCAUCAUGAUUGUUUACCCUUUUGAAAUUGGCGCAGUUACUGAUCUUUGGUUCCGGUGGAUCGACUAUCUUGAAAAAGGAGCCCCCGCCUCUUCUUUCUCUCGUAUUCGUAGCACCUUUUGUCCGCAGUAGGUAAUACUCACAUACUGUGUCUCCUCCUUCAAGUAAAAUUUCAUCCGACAAUGCUUAUCACUUCCUUUUUUCAUUUUUUUUCUCUCUGGAGAGCUAGCUCCCUAUAGGGAUACCCGCAUUAUUAAGCUCUGGCCUGCACCGGAGCCUGACUGCCAAGCCGCGGCCGGCUCAGAUCCGCCUUGACGAUAAGCUUCAGCUCCAGGUCCGAGGCCGCAGCCACAGCGGUGAAAAGGACACCGUCUGCCUCCAUUCCUACU